AGUCCCUGCCACGUGACCGGGUGACAGCGCUCGCCUGGCUGCAGGGCUGGCUUAGGUGCUGCGGCACGGGAUGGCGGAGGCGCCUCCUGUCUCAGGUACUUUUAAAUUCAAUACAGAUGCUGCUGAGUUCAUUCCUCAAGAGAGAAAAAAUUCUGGUCUAAGUUGUGGGACUCAAAGGAGACUAGACUCUAGUAGAAGUGGUAGAAGAAAUUUCAGUUCACCACCUCCCUGUCACCUUGCCAGGCAACUCCCUUAUGAUGAUAUCUCUGCUGUUCAGCACAGUUAUCAUCCUCUAGGAAGCAAACCCAAGAGUCAACAGACUUCUUUCCAGUCCUCUGCUUCUAAUAAAUCGUCCAAGAGCCAUGGCCUUCAGAGUCAACCUUGGCACAAAUUGAGGAGUGAAAAGCACCACAUAAGAGUCAAGAAAGCACAGAAUCUCAUUGAACAGACCUCAGAUGUAAUUAACUUAGAAAGCGUGGCCAGAUUGGAGAGCGGGACAAACCCCAUAGAGCACAGCCCUUCUGAGAGUGAGAAGGAAGUUGUCGGUGCAGAUCCCAGGGGAGCGAAGCCCAAAAAGGCAACACAAUCUUUAUACAGCUAUGGCAAAGGACCAAAAGUCAAGGGCAAAUUGAAAUGUGAAUGGGGCAACAGAAUAACUCCAAAACCUGAGGAGGCUGGAUCUGAAAAUACGAAGCCUGUGGUGAUUUUCCACCUUGACUCUUCGGAUGCAUCGUCUAGAAAAGCAGUACUAGAUGGGUGUGGGGCCAAACGAAAUGAGCAGAGAAGAUACCCACAGAAAAGGCCUCCCUGGGAAGUAGAGGGGGCCAGGCCACGACCAGGCAGGAAUCCACCGAAACAGGACGGCCAGCGACAUACAAGUACAGGGCCCAGAAACAGCAUGGUCUGCGUUCCAAAGGACAGUCUCAGUGAAAGACCAACAAAGUCCGCCUGUGACAGUGGGAAUUUGGCAGUUGUCAGCAAGUCUUCCAGAAGGGCUGACCAAGAGAAAUGCACCAUUCGGAGGCAGGAUCCUCAAGUAGGAUCUCCUUUCUCCAGAGGCAAACAGAACCAUGUGCUGAAGAAUGUGGAAACACAUACAGGUUCUCUAAUUGAACAGCUAACCACAGAAAAAUAUGAGUGCAUGGUGUGCUGUGAGUUGGUUCGCGUCACGGCCCCAGUGUGGAGUUGUCAGAGUUGCUACCAUGUUUUUCAUUUGAGCUGCAUAAAGAAAUGGGCGAGGUCUCCAGCAUCUCAAGCAGAUGGCCAGAGUGGUUGGAGGUGCCCUGCCUGUCAGAAUGUUUGCGCACAUGUUCCCAACACCUACACUUGUUUCUGUGGCAAGGUAAAGAAUCCUGAAUGGAGCAGAAAUGAAAUUCCACAUAGUUGUGGUGAGGUUUGUAGAAGGAAACAGCCUGGCCAGGACUGUCCACAUUCCUGUAAUCUUCUCUGCCAUCCUGGACCCUGUCCACCCUGUCCUGCCUUUAUGACGAAAGCAUGCGAAUGUGGACGGACCAGGCACACAGUUCGCUGUGGUCAGGCCAUCUCAGUCCAUUGUUCUAACCCGUGUGAGAAUGUUUUGAACUGUGGUCAGCACCACUGUGCUGAGCUGUGCCAUGGGGGUCAGUGCCAGCCUUGCCGGAUCAUACUGAACCAGGUAUGCUACUGUGGCAGCACCACCCGAGAUGUGUUAUGUGGAACAGACACAGGGAAGUCUGAUGGAUUUGGGGACUUCGGCUGUUUAAAGAUAUGUGGCAAGGAUUUGAAAUGUGGGAACCAUACGUGUUCUCAAGUGUGCCACCCUCAGCCUUGCCAGCCAUGUGCACGCCUCCCUCAUCUGGUGCGCUAUUGCCCUUGUGGUCAAACUCCUCUCAGCCAAUUGCUGGAACUUGGAAGUAGUAGUCGGAAAACAUGCAUGGAUCCUGUCCCUUCAUGUGGAAAAGUGUGUGGCAAACCUCUGCCUUGUGGUUCCUUAGAUUUCAUUCAUACCUGUGAGAAGUUCUGCCAUGAAGGAGACUGUGGACCAUGCUCUCGCACAUCAGUUAUUUCCUGCAGAUGCUCUUUCAGAACAAAGGAGCUUCCAUGUACCAGUCUCAAAAGUGAAGCAGAUGCUACAUUUAUGUGUGACAAGCGAUGUAACAAGAAACGGUUGUGUGGACGGCACAAGUGUAAUGAGAUAUGCUGUGUGGAUAAGGAGCACAAGUGUCCCUUGAUUUGUGGGAGGAAACUCCGUUGUGGCCUUCAUAGGUGUGAAGAACCUUGUCAUCGUGGGAACUGCCAGACAUGCUGGCAAGCAAGUUUUGAUGAAUUGACCUGCCACUGUGGUGCAUCGGUGAUCUACCCUCCAGUUCCCUGUGGUACGAGGCCCCCUGAGUGUACCCAGACCUGUGCCAGGGUUCAUGAAUGUGACCAUCCAGUGUAUCAUUCUUGUCACAGUGAGGAGAAGUGUCCCCCUUGUACUUUUCUAACUCAGAAGUGGUGCAUGGGCAAGCAUGAGUUACGCAGCAACAUCCCCUGUCAUCUGGCUGAUAUCUCUUGCGGAUUACCCUGCAGUGCCACGCUGCCAUGUGGGAUGCACAAGUGUCAGAGACUCUGUCACAAAGGAGAGUGUCUUGUGGAUGAGGCCUGCAAGCAGCCUUGUACCAACCCCAGAGCUGACUGUGGCCACCCAUGCAUGGCACCCUGCCACCCCAGCUCACCCUGCCCUGUGACUGCUUGUAAAGCCAAGGUGGAGCUACAGUGUGAAUGUGGUCGAAGAAAAGAGAUGGUGAUUUGCUCUGAAGCAUCCAGUACUUAUCAAAGAAUAGCUGCUAUUUCUAUGGCCUCUAAAAUAACAGACAUGCAGCUUGGAGAUUCAGUAGAAAUCAGCAAGCUUAUUACCAAGAAGGAAAUUCAACAAGCCAGGCUGGAGUGCGAUGAGGAGUGUUCAGCCUUGGAAAGAAAAAAGAGACUGGCAGAGGCAUUUGAUAUCAGCGAAGAUUCUGAUCCUUUCAAUGUCCGUUCUUCAGCAUCAGUAUUUAGUGAUAGUUUGAAAGAGGAUGCCAGGAAGGACUUAAAGUUUGUCAGCGACAUUGAGAAAGAAAUGGAAGCACUUGUGGAGGCCGUGAAUAAGGGAAAGAACAGUAAGAGAAGCCACUGCUUCCCUCCCAUGAACAGAGACCACCGCCGCAUCAUCCACGAUCUGGCCCAAGUCUACGGCCUGGAGAGUGUGAGCUACGACAGCGAACCAAAGCGCAACGUCGUGGUCACUGCCGUCAGAGGGAAGUCUGUUUGUCCUCCUACCACACUGACGGGAGUCCUGGAAAGAGAAACACAGACGCGGCCGCCGCCACCGAUUGCUCAUCACAGACAUCAGACAGACCGGAAUCCUGGUAGCAGUAAUCUGCAGAAAAUAGCCAAGGAGCCGGUCAUUGACUACUUUGAUGUCCAGGACUGAGAAGAUCAAGAUGCCCUUAGAUCACAGGACGAUGAGGUGUAGUGGACACUCUUCUGCCAGCAGACCCACCCUGCUUGUCCACACUGUCGGGUGGACUCCCGGCCUCACAUGCUGUGUUGUUCUGACACAUCCAGAGCAUGAGUGUGUCAGAAACCCUCUCAUCUGGCCCUGUCCAUAGGAAGUACUUCAGUGUGACCAGAUCUCUUAACUGUAAGGUCACUAGCAUUUGAAGAGGCUCCUCACACUGUCACUGUGAUUACUCUGGGGGCUGGGGGAAUAUUGGACUUAAUUUGGACAAACCAGAAUUUUAGCCUGAAUUCAGCUUUAUGCCACUUAGUCAUUGUCUCAGUUGUCCCAGUUCUCCGUCCUCCUGAAAAUGCUUGGAACGUCACACGGACCUUGUUUUCUUUAUCCAAACUGAUCACAGUCUUUGGAAAGACAUAGUUAACUUCUCAAUUUGAAAUGCUCAACACAGAAUUGGUACACAUUUUGUCUCAAACCAAUCACCUAAGUCUUUUGCCAAGGAUGCUCAAAAGUAAAUCUAACGGAAUUUAUUUUACAAUUUCCACUUCUGUCUGUUGUAGACCUAGGAGAGAAGUCAGAUUCCUUUACAGAAUUCCAUUUUCUUAAAUCCCUGGUGUUCCAAGCCUGUCCAGUGACAGUUGAGCCAUCCCUAUAAUGGCAGAUGACAUAGAGCAGGCACUUCCUUCUGUCAGGUCCACACUGGCUUCUCUGAACUGACCAGUGUAGCCCUAACUCCUCUCUGGUUGAUAAAGAGUCUCCCAUAACAUACACAACUGUCCUGUGUUGCUUUUUCCUAGGCCUUCAGCAGCCAUACUGACUCUUCUUGCCCCUGAGUUCUGGGCUUCUCUUUGAAUAUUCAAAGAAAGGUAUGAACAAGUCCAGAUGCCCACUGGUGGCAUUCUUCAAGCUCCUUUAUGGCAGCUGCGUCAACAGUUAAAUUAGUUUGGCCCUCGUUGCAUUGGCCCCUUCUGGAAUGGAGACCAGACUUCCAGCAACUGCCUUCUGCUCCACAACAAGCCAGGAGUCCCAGACCAGCAGCAAGGGAGUUAAUUUUCGUAGGAAGAGCCAGGCUGCCCCUGGACCCACACCCAGACAAUGUGCUUUGAAAGGCAUCAGGUCCAGCAGCAGAAACGGGACUGAAGACAAGUGGCAGGAAGCAAAAGCAAACCCCUGUUACCACAGCAUCAGUGGCACACGCACAACAGGAAGCCCCUGAGCAUAUGUGAUGUCUUUCAAGCAGGGGCUGGGAGGGUGACCUGUGGGAGAGCAUCUCGGAAUCAGCAGGAGGCAGGAGAGCUGAUCCCAGGUUCUAGGUCGGCCCUCAGUGGGGUGGGUGGAGGCUACCCCCAGCACACGCACCCAGGUUUCUGUGAAGAGGGAGUGAGUGGCAUACCCGGUGGUGCCUGAUCCGCCAUAGGUGCUGGAGGUCCCCAAGAAGGAUGCUUGGAAUGUGGAAAGCAUGCGCGCACCCUUCUCCAUAGCUGACCAGCUAACAGGUACGGGGAUACUCAACAGGCCUCUUGGGUUGUGUGUCCACUUGUGCACCCUGGGCCAGCCUGGCCUAGAUCUAGGGCUGUGCGAAGCAGAUGUGGCAGCACAGCAAGUGCUCCUUCCCAGAUGUCGCUGGGUCCGUCUCAGGUCGUUAAUCUCUUAGCAAAAGCUGAAGAGCCCUAAGGGUUGUUUUGUGCCGCAGUGGUAGGGCUGCGUUAGCGUUCGUGGUUGAGGUAGGGAAAUGGGAAGAAGCACUUGAGCUGAGGCUCCGCACAGUGGGCUGCCAUUCGGAAAAGGAAAGAGCUUGCCGGGCGAAGGCUGGCCAGUGUGAGAUGUGCUGGGGCUGUGUUCUGUGGUUGGGCUUGAGGGUUAGUCGGCCAGGGUGAGCAGGUAACUAAAGGACACUGAAGUGACCAGGCUGAAAAGGUAGACGAGGGUCAGCUCAUCAGCACAGGGAGCCCCUGAUCCCUUAGAGUGGCAUGGCCAGCGGAAGUCGGUGCGUUCUCUGUAAAGGCCGGAGAGCAAAUCUUUAGACUUCAUGAGAUUUAACACUUCAUUGUGGACAUUAAAAUGAGAAUUUAAGUCUUAAGAGUUUUUCCAUGACACAAAAUACUCUUGACUUCUUUUCCACCUAUUUUAAAAAACUGUUCUUAGUUCGUGAGUUGUUGGUAAACAAGCCGCACGCUGGAUUUGGCCCUGGGUCCUAGUUGUUCACCUGCUUGGGAGCAGUCACCAGCAGAAGUGUGUUAUGGGGUUGGAGGCUAGUUGGAGGUCAGAGCAUGGGGCUGGCGUGGUGGGUGCUACAGAUAGGGAAGGAUUCGAGUUGGGGAGGGAGGAUAGGAAGCCAGGGCUUAGCCGAAGAGCCCAGGCGCUUCAAGGGAAAGCUCACCUUUGGCAUUAGCAUUAGAUGAGAUUUUACAUGGGCAUGGACAUAAAGGCUGUCAUAGCAGGGGUUUCUCAUGGACCUGAGCAUUCCAGAAACCAAGGUUUUAUCUCUGGAAUUCUCUCUGGCCCAUCUGGCAGGAUCAGCAAUGAGGGGAGAUGAAAGCAGGCCCUCCCAGUUUCAGGGUCUGUGCCAGACAGCCCUCAGCCCUGGCCUGGCUUCCUGCCUUCAUGCCUGCAAGCCUGGAGAACUGGUCCCUAAGGGGAGCAGGGAGCUGGCCAGCAUGGCGUGGGGGAGGCCCCUGGCCAGGCCAGCUCCUCACGUAAUGCCCCCUUGCACACCCUGGGAUGGUCUUGCCUCCCACUCUGCCCAUGUAGCCUCAAUACCAGGGCCUCGGGUACCAACGCCCUUGACUUUUGGAACUCAAGGAUCCCAGGGAACUCUAGGCUUGCCUGGCCCCCCAGCAGCCAGGCUCCCUGGCUCACACAGUGAGUGCCACACCAAGACUGGAAACCAGGCCUUGAGGCUCCCCUACCUGGAGGGUGCUGAGUCCCCAGGAAAAUACACGCUCUUCCCCCCUCUCUGGCUUCCCCAAACAAGGGGCUUGCAAGUCCUUCCCAGUCACCCCUGGCUGAGGGAAGUCGCUCUUCGCAACACACAGCUUCCUGGGAGACAGGCCAGGGACCCCAGCUAAGCACUAAGGUGUGUGUCUCGCUGCCUCAGCUCACUGUCUUGGCAGUUUGCAGUGGGCUUCUGUUAGGGUGUCAGCUCCCACACACAUGCUGCCCAGCGCCAUUGUGCAAGUAGAGGCCAGGGAGUCUCCUGGUGCCCAACAGCAACUUGGCAGUCAGGCCUCUGGGGCCCAGAAAGCUACUGGGGGAGCAGAGAGGAAACAGCACCCCACCUUGCACUGCCCUCACCUGCUUUAGAGCCCGACAGCAGUGAGGAGAUGCGCACCUGCCCUGGCAGUUGGCGGUGAGCACGUCGUGUGCAGCGAGUGCUGUGCACGUCCCUCUGCUCCUCGAGCCCCUGAGUGUGGAUUCUCCCCCUCAGCUUAGCCCUGGGCAAGUGAAGGUGGGAGCGUUAGGUCACUCAGUGCACAGCUGGGGAUCUGAAGUUCCUACAAGGUCUGAUCGUGUCCUCGCCACUACACAGGCAGAGCGGGGACAGCGCCUACAGCUGGACUUGCAGUCCCUGAGGCAGGGAGGCCCUGCAGGCAAGGACAAGUCCCCAUGCAGAAAAUACCUGCAAUCUUCCAAAGAUGGGCUUUUCCUACAGUGGCCACUAGGGGACAGUGUGUGUCCCCUAAACCAGGAGCCUGGGGGGGGGUGUGCUUUUUUUUCACUCUGUUAAGCUUUUUCUUUGAAUAUUUUAAAUUUGAACACUUUUUAAACAUUAUUUUUAACAUUGUUAUAAUAUUUAUGUAUUUAUUUGAAAGACAGAGUUACAAAGAGGGAAAGACAGGGAUCUUCCAUCUGCUGGUUCACUUCCAAGUGGGCCGGGCUGAACCACGUCUGGGUCUCCCAUGCGGGUACAGGGCCCAAGCACUUGGUUGGGGGUUGGAUUUGAAGCAAGCAGAUACAUGAAGGCAGAAGGAACAGCAUUGCAAAGGCCCUGCAGUGGAAACACUCCAGGCACCUUGAAGGAACAGCAAGGCCGUCAGACUAGGGACGCAAAGCAGGAGAGGGCAGCAGGGGUCAGAGAGCUGGCAAAGGGAAGCUGGCGGUGUCAGACGGGCCGUUGGGAGGGUGAUGAGACUGCUGAGCCGCAUCAUCGCCGUGGCCCAGGACGGGGCUGCCCUGGCCCCUGCUUAGGAAUGAAUCUAUUUCCAAAGAAUGACCAGCUCCUCUGUGCAAGGUGAACGGAAUCUGGGGGUAUGCACAGGAAGACCUGGCUCUCCGUUCCUGAGAAGAAUCGACGUUUAAAGGGCAGAAUCAAUGUCGUUCUCAGUAGGGAGCUCCUUUUCUCGCCACGAGUCUGGAUGAUGCCUUUAAACUAAGGAGCCAGACUUGGCAGAUAAAGCAGACACGCUUUGGAUGGAGGGAGGCAGCUUUGUUUAGGCGGAAGCUGUGAAUCAGCCAGGCCAUCUUAGACUGUUUGUGACAAGAAUCGUGCCAGAAUUUGAAAGUGAUGGCUUUUUUCCACACUGAUUUGAAGAAAUACAAACUUCUCCCAGAGAACCCAAGAGUCCUUUCUGAUUUCCAGGAGAAAGCAUCAAGUGCAAACUUGAAGUCUAUGAAAAGAAUGACUAAUGUGCAGGUGUUUCCUGAUUUAUUUCAAGUUGUACCCCCCUUCCUCUACAAGUUACAGGUUUUGACAUCAGAAAAUAAAAGAUGACUUUCAUUGA